AAAAUUUGCGAUUGUGGACACCAGUUCAACAUGAAUAUUCCCCAAGUGCCCCCUGAUCACAUGAAAAAACUUAUAGAGGAGAUGCACAACAAGAUAACCGUUCACACUCCUCAAUUGAUGGAGACAAUUUAUCUGUCGGAGGACGAGAUCGAGACUGGGAUAUAUCCUAAAAUCAUCGGAGUUAUUCCCAAGGAUAUUCCUGAACCAGAGCAUGAUUAUGCGUCAAUAGAUGGAGAUGAGAGUGAAGAUGAUUAUGCGGAAGUAGCUAUGGCGUCUCCCAGGCCAAAAUCACCUCGUACUCCUCUGUCAGUUAAAAAAGAGGAUAAAGAGGAGAGUUUCUGGGAUAAAAUUGGAACUCUGGGACGAAAGAAGAGGAUAAAGGAAGUUCAAGAGGUCCAAGAGGAGGGCAAAUAUGCCAUCGAUUCACCCGGAUUAGCUGCCAAUCCGGACAGCCUUCCGGAGGAUUACGCCCUUGAUGAGAAUGAGGAGCGAUCGAUGAUUGAGCCGAGAUCCCUCGAAGAUCCUAAAGUGCAGGAGCUUAUUUUCGUGCUCAUUGAGUGGAUAAACGAUGAACUUGCUAAUCACAGGAUUAUCGUCAAGGAUAUUGUGGAGGACUUGUAUGAUGGACAAGUGCUCCAGAAACUCAUAGAAAAAUUGACAGGAGAAAAAUUAGACGUUCCGGAGGUAACACAAUCAGAAGAAGGGCAGAAGCAGAAGCUGGAGGUUGUCCUUUCCGCAGCAAAUCGUGUCCUGGGUCGCUAUCCCCCUUACAAAUGGAGCGUAGAAUCCGUACAUUCCAAGGACAUUGUCCCCAUUCUCCAUCUUCUGGUGGGUCUUGCUCGUCAGUAUCGUGCACCAGUGCGUCUUCCUGAGCGAGUGGCAGUUCAGGUUGUCGUUGUGCGUAAGAAGGAUGGCCAACUUAUUCACCGCACUGUACGCGAGGAUAUAACAUCAACAUACGAUGAUCUUGGAAUGCGUUGCGAAAGAGACGCAUUCGAUACGCUCUUUGACUCGGAGCACGACAAAUUGGCCAUUGUCAAGAAAUCACUGGUGACAUUUGUGAAUAAACACUUGAGCAAAGUCCACCUGGAAGUCACGGACUUGGACACGCAAUUCCAUGACGGUGUUUUUUUGACUUUGCUCCUGGGAUUGCUGGAGGGCUUCUUCGUACCACUGGGCAGCUUCCACUUGACUCCAAAGUCACCUGAUCAGAAGGUCCAUAAUGUGUCGUUUGCCUUUGACUUGAUGCAGGACGUGGGACUGCCAAAACCCAAGGCAAGACCCGAGGACAUCGUCAAUCUUGAUCUUAAAUCCACACUUCGUGUUCUUUACAAUCUUUUCACCAAAUAUAAAGGAGUCAAUUGAAUUAAUUUGAGAUUAUAAAAUAACGCAACGAUCGAAUGUGCCUUUCAAUCUGUGGGGACGAUGUUUAACCAGUAGAGACUGCCACGUAUACAAAUGUAUUUAAUAUUUCUUUAAUACGAUUAAUUAAUUUUAUCUAGAGGACUAAUGAAUUUUUAAUUGAGUACGGAUUGUACAGAUGUAUAUUAACUGACGAAAAGAAUAAAUGUAUUUAAUUAUUA